AUGCUGGAGGAAAGAGAGGUCCUGCUGAUCUUGGUGCUGCUCACAGAGGAGAGGGCGGAGGGUGUGUGCCGCAUGCAAGGACCACCACUCCCGCCUGAGCUGGCGCAGGACGGGGAUGUUGUCAUCGGAGGCAUUUUUUCAUUCCGCACAGGGCAGGAUUAUGUGGUUAAUACAUUUGAAGCGAUUCCAGAGGUGCGAAAGUGUAAAAACUUCAAUUUCAGGGAAUUUAAAUUUGCUCAGGCCAUGAUAUUUGCCAUCAAUGAGAUCAACGAAAACCCUGACAUGCUUCCUGGUGUCAAGCUGGGUUAUAGGAUCUAUGACGACUGCGGAACCAUGGACAUUCUGAGAGCUGCACUAGCGUUGGUGAGUGGGCUUGGGGGAGAAGUCAGUGAUGAAAACUGCACCAAAAUUGAAUCGGUGCAGGCCAUCCUGGGACAUUCUGGAUCCAGACCAACCAUUGCAUUUGCACCAGUUGUUGGGCGUUUCCAUGUUCCAGUGAUCAGCCAUUUUGCUACUUGUGCCUGUCUCAGCAACAGAAAAGAGUACCCGACCUUUUUCAGAACCAUUCCCAGUGACUACUACCAGAGCCAAGCCCUGGCAAAACUAGUCAAGCACUUGGGCUGGACCUGGAUCGGAGUCAUAGCCGUGGAGAACGAAUAUGGCCUCAAUGGCAUCGCUGCCUUCAUCCAGGCUGCACAAGAAUAUGGAGUGUGCAUCGAGUACUCGGAUGCCUUCUCAUCUUCUGGUCCGCCUGCGGAUCUGCAGAGGAUAACGUCCAAAAUACAAAGUGCUUCUUCCAAAGUUAUUUUGGCCUUUAUGUCUCACAGAGAAAUUAAGUUGCUGGCAAAGCAGCUGUAUGAGCAGAAUGUUACAGGUGUGCAGUGGCUGGGCAGCGACGCCUGGAUCACGGAUCACUCCCUGGCUGACAGUGAGGGGCAUGGCAUCCUCGUGGGCUCUCUGGGCUUCACCGUCAGCAGGGUUCAGAUCCACGGGCUGGAGGAACAUCUGAGGGGGCUCCACCCCUCGCUGUUCCCUCACAGCCGCUUCGUGAGAGACUUCUGGGAGGAUGUGUUCGACUGCUCCCUGAAAGCAACUGCGACGGGACGGCGAAAACCGUGCAGUGGCCUGGAGAGCUUGCGAGACGUGGAGUCACCAUUCACAGAUGUGUCUGAGCUGAGGUUUACCAACAAUGUCUAUAAGUCCGUCUACUCGGUGGCCUACGCUCUCGAUGCGCUACUCAAGUGUGAAGAAGGGAGAGGGCCCUUUUCCAAUGGGAGUUGUGCUAAUCCUGCACAAAUUCAGCCAUGGCAGGUCCUGGAAUAUCUCAGCAUGGUGAACUUCACUACUCCAGAAGGGGAAAGAGUAUAUUUUGACAGUAACGGGGACUCGCCAGCCAGAUAUGAACUGGUGAACUUGCAGAUAACAAACAGAGGCACCAUGGAAGAAGUGACGGUGGGCAUUUAUGACGCUUCCCAGCCGGGGAGCCAACAGUUCAUCAUGAGUGACACUCCACUGGUGUGGGGUACCGGACACUCUGAGCAGGUGCCUGUGUCAGUGUGCAGUGAGAGCUGUCCUCCGGGGAGCCACAAGGUCCUUCAGAAAGGACUUCCAGUGUGUUGCUAUGACUGCAUCAGGUGUCCCGCAGGAGAGAUCAGUAACUCAACAGAUUCUAUACACUGCAUGAAAUGCGCACCAGAGUUCUGGUCCAACGAGCGCAGAGACGCCUGCAUCCCAAAAGAAAUAGAGUUCCUAACAUAUGGAGAAAUACUAGGAACUCUUCUAGCCUCAUUCUCUUUGCUAGGAGUGUUCCUGACCACAUUGACGACGAUAGUGUUUUACUGCCACAAAGAAACACCGCUGGUGCGCGCCAACAACUCGGAGCUGAGCUUCCUGCUUCUCUUCUCCUUAACUUUGUGUUUCCUGUGCUCUCUGACCUUCAUCGGCCGGCCCACCCAGUGGUCCUGCAUGCUGCGGCACACGGCCUUCGGCAUCACCUUUGUGCUUUGCAUCUCCUGCGUUCUGGGGAAGACCAUAUUGGUCUUGAUGGCCUUUAAAGCCUCACUCCCAGGAAGUAAUCUCAUGAAGUGGUUCGGACCCACGCAGCAGAGACUCUGCGUGGUGUCGUUCACUCUCAUCCAGGUGGUCAUCUGCAUACUUUGGCUCACCAUCAGCCCCCCUUUUCCAUUUAAGAAUAUGAUACUCUAUCGAGAUAGAAUCAUCUUAGAGUGUCAACUGGGCUCCGCUCUGGGUUUCUGGGCUGUGCUGGGCUAUGUCGGAGUCCUGGCCGGUUUGUGUUUCGUCAUUGCUUUUUUAGGCCGAAAGCUACCUGAUAAUUUCAACGAAGCCAAGAUCAUCACUUUCAGUAUGUUGAUAUUCUGUGCUGUUUGGAUCGCCUUCGUACCUGCUUAUAUCAGCUCUCCGGGCAAGUUCACCGUGGCUGUGGAGAUAUUUGCUAUUCUGGCCUCCAGUUAUGGAUUGCUUUUUUGCAUUUUUAUGCCCAAAUGCUUCAUAAUAUUGUUUAUGCCGGAGAAGAACACUAAGAAACACAUGUUUAGAAAGUCAACUAAUAAUAGAUAA